AUGGCUUUGGGUUCAGAAAAUAUGGUUUAUCAUCAACAACCCACACAAUACCAACAACAACGUGCUCAACAGCAUCAGCAACAACCACUACGGGAAGUUUUAAGAACUCGUAAUGUCAACCACCAAAGAUCUAUAGCACCUGCACCAUAUACAAAACCUUCGGCAAACAGCAGCAUGUUGGCCGGUACUACCUUGGACUCUAACAAUCCAGCCGUAGUGAGACGCAAUGCUCGCGAACGCUGCCGUGUUAAGCAAGUCAAUGAUGGUUUCUCUACUUUAAGAAAACAUAUACCCACAGCAAUUAUAGCUGAAAUUAGUAAUGGCAGACGUGGUAUUGGCCCUGGCGCCGACAAGAAGCUCAGCAAAGUUGACACUUUACGCAUGGCUGCCGAAUAUAUACGUCGUCUUAAGAAUUUGAUUGAUGAAGUAGACAGUAGCAGUGAUGCUUCCAGUGUAUCUUCAUAUGGAACAGCUACAACCAGCUCACCAGUUUCAUCGUAUGCCUCUUCAACCAGUAGCUCACCACCACCUUCUCUAUAUCUCAAUCACACAACUGGCUACUAUCAACAACCACAAGCUCAAACCUCAUUACCAUACUGUCCACCUUUAAGUUAUGCCGGCAGCUUUCAACAACACAAUUUAAUUUCUCCAGCCAAUUCCAGUACUUCCCAGGAAUCCUAUCAAUUCCAUCAUUCACCAAAUCAUUAUCAAUCAUCGGCCCCAUCGACAUUUGCAUUGAAUACACCAAAUACUACACCCAUUAAGAUGGAACCAACCUCAUCAUCAUUCAGUUUUGAUGAUUAUCAUCAUAACAAUACCAGUUCUGCCUCAUCUACAGACGAUGAAGAACUUUUGGACUACAUAUCCUUGUGGCAAGAUCAAUGA